UGCGCGCCUCCCGGGCGCCCCCCGCCGCGCAGCGCCCGCGCCCCGAGCCCCCGACAGCGCGCGCGGGGCAGCGCGUCCCCCCCCCCCCCCGCGCGCCCGGCCCGUGGACCCCGCGGCCCGCCGCUCCGCCUGAUGCUGCGGGGGCGAAGGUGCUGUAAGGCGGCCACAGCUUCUUUCAAACUGGAUCCGUCACCUUGAAGACUGGGGUCCCGGCCGUCAGGAGCCCCUCUCCCCGCCCAGCACCAGCCAGCACCUGCUGAGUACCCCAGGUGAGUGACAAUGUCAGAGAGGACGUGACCUGCCGGACCCCUGUCCACCCAUCGUGUGGCUCCACCAUGCAGAAGCCUAGCGGCCUCAAGCCCCCCGGCCGUGGCGGGAAGCACUCGAGCCCGGUAGGGCGGUCGUCCACUGGGUCAACCUCGGCCACAGCCACGGCCUCGGGCUCCAAGGAAGGCUCCCCGCUGCACAAGCAGGCCCCGGGCCUGGGCCCCGCGGCUGGCGGCCCCGCCCCCGAGAGGGCGGGCCCGAAGGCGGCCGAGGUGGGCGAUGAGUCGCUGGGGGACCUGGAGGUGGGCGAGCGCGUGUGGGUGAACGGCGUGAAGCCCGGCGUGGUGCAGUACCUGGGCGAGACGCAGUUCGCGCCGGGCCAGUGGGCGGGCGUGGUGCUGGACGAGCCGGUGGGCAAGAACGACGGCGCGGUGGGCGGCGUGCGCUACUUCGAGUGCCCGGCGCUGCGCGGCAUCUUCACGCGGCCGUCCAAGCUCACGCGCCAGCCGGCCGCCGAGGGCUCGGGCAGCGACGGCCACUCGGUGGAGUCGCUCACGGCGCAGAACCUGUCGCUGCAUGCGGGCACCGCCACGCCGCCCCCCGGCGGCCGCGUCCUCCCGCUGCGGGACAGCGUGCUGGGCAGCGCGGGCAAGACGGGCAACGAGUCGGGCUCCAACCUGUCGGACAGCGGCUCGGUGAAGCGCGGAGACAAGGACCUGCGCCUGGGGGACCGCGUGCUGGUCGGCGGCACGAAGACUGGCGUGGUGCGGUAUGUGGGCGAGACGGACUUCGCCAAGGGCGAGUGGUGUGGCGUGGAGCUGGACGAGCCCCUGGGGAAGAACGACGGGGCCGUGGCGGGCACCAGGUACUUCCAGUGCCCCCCCAAGUUCGGGCUCUUCGCGCCCAUCCACAAGGUCAUCCGCAUCGGCUUCCCGUCCACCAGCCCUGCCAAGGGCAAGAAGAGCAAGCGCAUGGCCAUGGGGGUCUCGGCGCUCACCCACAGCCCCAGCAGCUCCUCCAUUAGCUCUGUCAGCUCCGUGGCCUCCUCCGUGGGGGGCCGGCCCAGCCGCAGCGGCCUGCUCACCGAGACGUCCUCGCGCUACGCCCGCAAGAUCUCGGGCACCACCGCCCUGCAGGAGGCGCUGAAGGAGAAGCAGCAGCACAUCGAGCAGCUGCUGGCCGAGCGGGACCUGGAGCGGGCCGAGGUGGCCAAGGCCACCAGCCACAUCUGCGAGGUGGAGAAGGAGAUCGCGCUGCUCAAGGCGCAGCACGAGCAGUAUGUUGCAGAAGCUGAGGAGAAGCUGCAGCGGGCCCGGCUGCUGGUGGAGAGUGUCCGGAAGGAGAAGGUGGACCUGUCCAACCAGCUGGAGGAGGAGCGCAGGAAGGUGGAGGACCUGCAGUUCCGAGUGGAGGAGGAGUCCAUCACCAAGGGCGACCUGGAGACUCAGACACAGCUGGAGCACGCGCGCAUUGGGGAGCUGGAGCAGAGCCUGCUACUGGAGAAGGCGCAGGCCGAGCGGCUGCUCCGCGAGUUAGCGGACAACAGGCUGACCACGGUGGCCGAGAAGUCGCGGGUGCUCCAGCUGGAGGAGGAGCUGAGUCUGCGCUGCGGGGAGAUCGAAGAGCUGCAGCAGUGCCUGCUGAACUCGGGGCCCCCGCCCGCCGACCACCCCGAGGCGGCCGAGACCCUGCGGCUGCGGGAGCGGCUGCUGGCGGCUGGCCAGGAGCACCGGCGGGAGCGCGGGCUGCUGCGGGACGAGUUCGAGAAGGCGCUGCGGGCCUGCCGGGCCGAGGCGGAGCAGCUGCGGGCGGCCAACGAGAAGUACGCGCAGGAGGUGGCCGAGCUCAAGGCCCGGGUGCAGCAGGCCACCAGCGAGAACAUGGGGCUCAUGGACAACUGGAAGUCCAAGCUGGACUCGCUGGCCUCGGACCACCAGAAGUCCCUGGAGGACCUCAAGGCCACCCUGAACUCGGGCCCCGGCGCCCAGCAGAAGGAGAUCGGGGAGCUGAAGGCGGUGAUGGAAGGCAUCAAGAUGGAGCACCAGCUGGAGCUGGGCAACCUGCGGGCCAGGCACGACCUGGAGACGGCCGUGCACGCCAAGGAGAAGGAGGGCCUGCGGCAGCGGCUGCAGGAGGCCCAGGAGGAGCUGGCCGGCCUGCGGCAGCACUGGCAGGGCCAGCUGGAGGCCCAGGCCGGCCAGCACCGGCUGGAGCUGCGCGAGGCCCGCGAGCAGGCCCGGGACGCCGAGCUGCGGGUGCAGGAGCUGGAGAAGCUGGACGUGGAGUACCGGGGCCAGGCGCAGGCCAUCGAGUUCCUCAAGGAGCAGAUCGCGCUGGCCGAGAAGAAGAUGCUGGACUACGAGCAGCUGCAGCGGGCCGAGGCCCAGAGCAGGCAGGAGGCCGAGAGGCUGCGGGAGAAGCUCCUGGUGGCCGAGAACCGGCUCCAGGCCCUCGAGACCCGGUGCUCGGCCCAGCACAGCAACAUGAUUGAACCGGACGACAUUUCCGGGGAGAAGCUGAGGAUGAAGGAGGCCCUGGAGGUCCUCCAGGACAAGCUGAACAAGAGGGACAAGGAGGUGGCCGCCCUGACCUCACAGAGUGAACUGCUCAGGACCCAAGUAAGUGCCCUGGAGGGCAAGUGCAGGUCGGGGGAGAAGCGGGCGGAAGGUCUCCUGAAGGAGAAGCGGCGGCUGGAGGCCGAGCUGGAGGCCGUGUCCAGGAAGACGCACGACGCCUCCGGCCAGCUGGUGCUCAUCAGCCAGGAGCUGCUGCGCAAGGAGCGGAGUCUGAAUGAGCUCCGGGUGCUGCUGCUGGAGGCGAACCGGCACUCCCCCGGGCCGGAGCGAGACCUGGGCCGCGAGGUGCACAAGGCCGAGUGGCGCAUCAAGGAGCAGAAGCUCAAGGACGACAUCCGGGGCCUGCGGGAGAAGCUGACGGGGCUGGACAAGGAGAAGGCGCUGUCGGAGCAGCGGCGCUUCUCGCUCAUCGACCCGUCGUCGGCCCCGGAGCUCCUGCGGCUGCAGCACCAGCUCGUGAGCACCGAGGACGCCCUGCGGGCCGCGCUGGACCAGACGCAGCAGGUGGAGAAGCUCCUGGAGGCCCUGAGGAGCCACCCCGACAAGUCCCAGGCCAUCGGAGGGUUGGGCCCUGCGAACGGCGUCCACCAGCAGGACAAGGCCCACAAGCAGGAGGACAAGCACUGACCCAGGGACACGCAGGAGCCGCCUGGCCGUGGAGCUGCCCGCCGGUGCCGUGCCCCUCCAGCCCGCCCAGGCGCCACCGCCUCCAGGCAGGCGCCAGAGUUGUCACUUUGGAGCGGAGAGCGGCUGUGGUGACAGUGUGGUAACAGUGUGAUGCAGCCACCGCGCAGGACAAUCCCUGUCCCUGUCCAGACCAGGAGGCCCAGACACAGCCUCCGAGAGCGGUACAGCCCGGCCUGGCCCCCGGGACUUCACUCCAGGCCCAGCAGUUCCGGGGUCUGUUUGGGGCAGUGGAGGCCCCUGGGCCAGGCCCCCUCCCCAGAAGACGCUGUCUGAGGACCCUCGGGGCACCCAGACCGCCCCACGCACCCUCCCUCCCCCUUCUCCUGAGCCCCUCAGACCCCAGAAAGCCAUUUCCCCCGAGGGGCCCGGCCUGUUCCAUUGGGGGGCCGUUUCCACACCGUGCCCCCCUCGGCCCAGCUACCUGGAGAGCCCCCCAGCUUGCGGGGGGGAUAGCGGCGGGGGGGGGCUCAGCGCCAAGUGGCUGCUGACAGGCCACCACACCACAGCCACAGUAUUAGCAACGUUUGGGACCCCCGUCCUCGCCCCCCGCCAGUAACCGGGCCAGGUCGGCCGUGGGGCUGGGCACGUUGGAUGGAGCCCUGUCUGCCCCGGGUCCACGUGGCUGCGUGUCCGCCUGGCCACACGCCCACUGUCUCUGGCGCAGCACCCAGGGCCCCUCCUGUCGUCAGGACAGGAUCCCGGGGCGCUGGGGGGCAGAGACCCCUGCUGCCCUGCCCCCGCGUACCAGGCAGGACCCAGGAGAGCCCACCCACGCGGAGCUGAGACCGCCGGGGGACUGGGGCCCCGCAUCAGCAGAGAGGUACACACACACGCACACACACACACACACACACACACACACAUAGGCCGCCCUCGGCCCCGCGGGGCUGCAGGGGGAACCCCGUAGCCCCCAGAGUGCACACAGUGGAGGUGGUGUCCAGGAGUGCCCAGUGACUCAGGAGUCCCCCCGCACCGUGGGGGUGCCCACCCCUGCCCCCGGCGGCCCCCACGCCCCCCGCCUUUCUGUAGCCGGCGCUUGCAGUCUGCGAACAAGCCUAGAAGCGACGCUUUCGGGCCUCACCCAGAGGCUGCGGCCUCGGCCCAGCAAACCCGGGACUCGGGCUCCAGCCGCCCCCCGCCCGCCCCCCCCCACCCCGGGGCCCCAGAGGCCGGGGUGCAGGAGGAAGGUGCGCGCCCCCCUCCCCUGCCGCUGCCCUGGGUGAACCCCCUCCCGCCCCCAGAGUGGAAUUGUUGAAGUGUGGCGAGUCCGUGCUCGAGACAAUAAAGCUUGUGACCAAGGUCCAGGA